CUCAGUACAAACUCAACGCUUCGCACAGCCGCAACGUCGUAAGAGAAUCUCGGAGAAAUUCUUUUCUUGUAUAGAAAUUAUAAUUAGCAAAGAUGAGGUCUUUGAAUUUGUUUGCUUUGCUGCUGCUUGUGCUUGCCAUCUUCUUGGGUCACUUGGGUCAAUCUGAGGCCAGCUUUUGUCCCUGCAAUCUGAAGGAGAAGGGCAAGGUGUGUGGCUCCAAUGGCGUUACCUACACGAAUCGCUGUGAAUUCGAGUGCACACAGCGGGAUUACAAGAAGCUGGGACGUACUCUGAACAUUCGGAGCAUGGGAGAUUGUGCUUAGUGAAUAACUUUUUGAUUUUGCUUGUUCAAGUCGCGUGUAUUUAUAAUCUCAUUAAAAUAUUAAUGUAUUCUUA